AUGCACCGCCAGGGCACCAUGCCUGACAGCUUCACUUCCCUCCACGCGAUCAAGGCGUGCACCUCUCUCUCUCUCGUGCCUGUUGGGCGCCAAAUCCACGCCCACCUUCUCACUCUUGGCCUCCAUACCCACGUAUACGUCGCCACUUGCCUCCUCCACCUCUAUGGAGCUUCCAACCUCUUCCAAGAAGCUCUACGUUUAUUUGACGAACUACCACACAAAAACACGGUCACUUGGAACACCAUGAUCUCUGCUUGUGCAAAAUCGCAUGCUCCCCACCAAGCAAGGGCCCUCUUUGAUUUGAUGCCUCAUAAAAACCUCGUCUCUUGGUCAGCUGUGAUCUCUGCUUAUACACAGAGCGGCCACCCGAAACAAGCGGUACGGCUCUUCAGAGAGAUGCAACUAUCUGGGUUGAAGCCGGAUGAGGUAAGCAUGGUUAAUGUGCUUACCGCAUGCACACAUUUGGGUGCACUAGCUUUAGGAAGAUGGGUGCAUGCCUUAUCCAGAAGGAUUGGCUUUGAUCCUCCUAUUGUAGCCUUGGGGACAGCUCUAGUUGACAUGUAUGCCAAGUGUGGAUGCUUGAGUUCGGCUCUCCAAGUGUUUGAGAGGAUGCCCCGAAGAAACGUGCUCACAUGGAGCGCGAUGAUAUGUGGCCAAGCCAUGCAUGGGCUCGGCAAAGAAGCCCUUGAUUUGUUUGAGAAAAUGAAAGCAAUGACAUGCUUGAUACCCAAUGAAAUCACCUUUACAGGGGUGUUGAGUGCAUGUAGUCAUGCAGGGUUGGUGAACGAAGGUUUAAGUCACUUUCGCAGUAUGGAAGAAGAAUAUUGUUUGAAGCCCUGGAUCCAACACUAUGGUUGCAUGGUUGAUCUCUUAGGCCGAGCAGGCCUAUUGGAGGAGGCCUAUGAGCUUGUAAAAACCAUGAGGAUUUCACCUAAUGUCAUAGUGUGGGGGGCUCUUCUUGCUGCUUGUAAAACCCAUAGAAAUGUCAAGCUAGGAGAGAGGGUGAUUGACCAUAUUCUUGAAUCAAAGCCAAGCCACGAAGCAAUGUAUCCUCUAAUAUCUAAUAUUUAUGCAUCUGCUGGUAAGUGGGAGGAGGCCAAAAGGGUGAGAGAUUUGAUGGCAGAUGGAAAUAUUAAGAAAAUGCCAGGUUGUAGUUUGCUCGAAGUGGAUAAUGUAGUACAUGAGUUUGUGGUUGGGGAAAAGUUGCACCCGCAAAUCGAAGAAAUCAAGAGCAUGCUUGAUGAGAUGCACAAAGAGGUGAGGCGAAGUGGGCAUAAACCUGAUACAUCACAAGUGUUGUAUGAUAUAGAUGAGGAGGAAAAGGAACAUGCUGUUGGGUUGCAUAGUGAGAAGCUCGCAAUUGCUUUUGGGCUUCUUAGUUUGAGUCCAAUGAUCCCCAUUCGAAUUGUUAAGAACCUUCGCAUGUGUGGAGACUGUCAUGUGUUCAUCAAAUUAAUUUCAGAGGCUUACAAUCACGAAAUUAUAGUGAGGGAUAGGAGGCGUUUCCACCACUUUAAGCAGGGAUCAUGUUCUUGUCAGGAUUAUUGGUGA